CGCCCACUCACUUGGCCCCGUGUGGAAGUAUAAAAGCAGGUGAGAGAGGCCAGGUAAGGCAGAGCACCAACCUCCAGUUCAUCUCCAACCAUGAACACUCUGCCUCUUUUCGUCGCCGCCCUGGCCUCACUCGCCCUCACAGAGGGCGUGACGGUGUGUUACUUCGGGUCAUGGGCCGUGUACCGCCCAGGACACGGCAAGUUUGACGUGGAGAACAUCGAUCCCUUCAGGUGUUCCCACCUCAUCUAUAGCUUCGCUGGCCUGACCGACGACAACAAGAUUAAGGUGCUGGAUCCCUGGAAUGACCUCUGCGAUAACUACGGGAGAUGCGCCUAUGAUCGGUUCACGGGGCUCAAGGAGAUGAACCCUAGCUUGGUGACUCUGUUGGCAGUCGGUGGAUGGAACGAAGGCUCAGCUAAGUACUCCGCGAUGGCAGCAAAUCCAGCCGCCAGGGAGAUCUUCGUGAAGUCCGCCAUCGCGCUGCUGAAGAAACACAACUUUGACGGUCUUGACCUUGACUGGGAGUACCCGACCCAGAGGGGAGGCGCCCCCGCGGACAAGGCCAACUUCGUCCUGCUGUUGUCUGAGCUGAAGGCCGCCCUGCACGCCAACGGGAUGAUGCUGAGCGCUGCUGUGUCCGCUGGGAAGAACACUAUUGACGCGGCUUAUGACGUCCCCGGCGUGGCCCAGAACCUCGACCUCCUGAACCUGAUGACCUACGACUUCCAUGGAGCCUGGGAGCCCGAAACCCAACAUCAUUCCGCACUCUAUGGCCAGCCUAACGAUAUUGGAGCCAAUGCGUAUCUUAACCAGGACUACGCCGUCAACUACUGGAUUAGCCAGGGAAUGCCUGCCAACAAGAUAUCCCAAGGAGUACCCCUGUAUGGCCGCUGCUGGACCCUGAGCAGCAGCCUCAACACCGGCUACCGCGCCCCCGCCAGCCAGCCAGGGGCCGCAGGACCAUACACAAAUCAGGCCGGAUUCUUGGGGUACAAUGAGAUUUGCGAGAGCAUACAGAACAACGGCUGGACUGUGGUGAACGACCCUGUCAUGAACGAACCUUACGUGUACAGCAUCGCGAACAACAACAUCUGGUGUUCGUACGACGACCAGAACUCUCUGCAGACGAAGGCCAAGUACGCCAAGAGUCGCGGUCUGGCCGGCAUGAUGGUGUGGAGCAUUGAGACAGAUGACUUCAAGGGCAGCUGUGGCCGCAAAUUCAACCUAAUCAAGACCCUGAGGGAAACCUACGCUGGCAGAGACAUCUUCCCGCCGAUCACAAAGGACAACCCUACCAUUGACCUUUCCACUCGUUUCUCGAUCCCCGACGCCACCCUCAUCCAGUAAAGGCAACCUCUCCGUGUGCCCAGAUCACCAACGCUUAGGAGCCCUGCACACCUAGACGCUCUUCAGCCCCCAGUCGAUCAUCUGUGACUCGGACAACCUCGUGUGCUUCGUUCCUGCCUCCUGCACUGAUUUACACAGACGUACAUGAAAUACGUACAUACCUACAUACCCCCCACAUGUUUACCGUAAAAGUAGCUCACUGUAGUAACUAACCUUGAAUGCACACACACGCACUCGUAUACAUCUACAGGCUUGUUUGCUCACACAUAUGUAUAAUCUACAUACUCACACUACCACCCUCACCAUUACCAGCUCACCGUAUCUCCAAACACCUGAGUCUUCCUUGUUUUCAUUUUCCACAUAAAAAAAAAAAAAAAAAUGUGGCCAAAAUGAAACGGAAGAAAUUACGUAGAUGGUGAUGUUAUUGGCGGUAUUGAUGAUUAUUGGCAAGUGAGGGCGGAAAAAAAAAAAUAAAGCCACGGAGAAAAUAAAUAAAUAAAUAAGUUGAAUAAUAAAAAAAUAAUUCAUUGUUAAAAUUAGGACACAACCCACAUCAAGAAAAUUAUGAACCAUUUUCGAAAUGAAAUAUCAAUAUAAAUUU